AUGGCCUUUGACCAGGACUCCACUGCCUCUGCCGCAAUGCCCCCCUCUGGGCAGCCCAUGCAGCCAUUACAGCAGCCGCGUCAUCAAGAACGUCGAGAAGACGAAGGAAAACAACAGCAGCGUUCCUCCCAAAAGCCACCCCCCGCUUCCAUAAUCGGCCUACCACCCCCGACAACAAAAUCGCCGCCGCCAGUCAACUCUCUACCACCUGAGCUGCUCGACGACGUCCUCAACUUCUUUCCCACGUCCGCCCUCCUCAAGUUUGCGGGCGUCAACCGCCGGUUCCACAACGUUGUUGCACGUUUGCUGUACCGCCGGCUACGGCAUGCCGUCGCACUCGCCAACCACCAGCUGAUCCUCGCGUGCUAUCACCCCAGCGCCAAGAUCUCAUCACCUCACCUGAACUGCGCCUAUCUCGGCACCGAGGGACUGGACCUGCCGUGUCCCGAGUCCGGUGCCGACAAUGGACCCGAAGACACGUUGCGCCGGCUGCCCACUAUGUACAGUCGCUUCCGCCCCGUACCUCCAAGCGCAUCGGAUGUCCACGUGCGCAACUACCGCGCCAUCCGCCGCACCAUGAAUUUCUUUUUGCUGUCGGACACGACGUCGGGCGGGACAGCGGCGACGGCCCUCCAGACAGUAAAAGAGGGUACCGCCGGUGCGGCAAGCGGCCCGCCCCUCGUAUGCUACGACGUCCACCUCGACGAGGGCGAGCUCUUCUCGCAGCUGUGCACCGUUACAAACUUGGUCAAGACGAGUGGCCAGCCGGGUAUGUUUCUCAACUGCGUCAACAUCAAUGAUGGCGUCAUCCGUGUCUGGCGCGACUGGCUCGACACGCGUGCGACGGCCACCACGGCAGCGGAGGGAGCAGCCAGCGCAUCGGCCAGUGCAUCAACCAAGACUGCCUCGCAAAAGCCGCCCUCCAUCGCCGACACCAGCCAGCAUGUCUUAUGGGCCUACACCGGCAAACACGUCGGCAUGCGGUUCCGUGUGACGGAACGGGCUGUGCCGGCCAACAGACUUGUUACUGCUGCCCAGCUCGACAACGAACGCUUCCGCCGCGCCACCAUGCCCCCCGAAGAACCGCCCGUCAGCUUCGUGCUCGAGUACGAGGAGCUGCUGGUGCGAACAUACGAGCUGCUGCUGGCCAUGGAGGCGGUCGAAGCACAGGACGCGUCUCAUGGGAUGCGCGGGGUGGUGAUGUCAUCGCUGUGA